GCCGUUCUUUCAUGGACUUGUCAGUUUUCAAGUUGGUGAAAAUUUAUUACCUAAAUUAAAGAAGGUAAGGCUGGAAUCUUGCCCUCGUGAAUUCCAGAUGGUAGAUGUUGCAGCAAUUAAUCUUGAAGACCUUUACAUCUACAGUCCUAGGGAUCUAAAUGUAGUUAAAUUAACUGCUUGCAAAACCCUCAAGAGUUUGUUCCUCAAUGGUGUGACCGUGACCGAAAUAUGGUUAGAGAAACUUUUUUCCAGCCUACAAAAUCUUGAAAAAUUCUACUUAAUCCGUUGCCUAACACUGAGGACCGUGAAGAUCUCAAGCUACCGGCUCAAAAAGCUAAUAGUAGUUGAUUGUCUUAAUCUAGUUAAUGCUCAAGUGUCUGCUCCUAAUGUACUAUAUUUCUCCUAUAAUUGUUGUUCUUCAUUGCCAACAUUGAACCUAAAAGGUUCAGGUUCAUUAGAAGCCACAAUCUCCUUUGACUCGUUAGAAACCCUUGACAGUGAUUGGUACUCUAAGCUCACGAGUUUUCUUCGUAACUUCAAUCAUUCCAUAGCUAUUGAAUUAUCAAGCCAAAAUGACGAGGUGAUAGUCAUACCAAAAGACGUGAGAGUAAACUUGCUUCCUCCACUUCAUGCUACUAAUAAUUUGCAGGUAAACAUUCAGGAGUGAUUGAAGUAUUCAGUUGUGGACGUUGUUGAUAGUUUGCUUUGGAUUUCUCCUCAACUCGACACCAUAUCUUUUUGCUAGACUCUAGACUCGAAGACCCUAAAGGUUUUACAGUUUAUAUAUGAAGAUGAGAAGCCUUGUUGUGCAUCUCUACCUUGGAAAUGUUGGAGGCAUAAGUUAAAGCAAGUCAAAAUGCAAAACCUUUCAUGUAUGGAGCAACAAGAGCUGAGAGAGUAUUUUUUCGAGAACGCAGAUGUCUCGGAGAUAAUUAAUGUCCUCCCAGAAUGCGUUGAGUCCUAAAUUUCAUUUGAAUAGAUGUACUUUAGAUAGAAGCUUCCGUGGGUGCUCCAGUGUGGUUGUGUCUAGUCUUAUCUUUUCAAAAUAAGUUUAUAUUCAAGGAUGAAACUCCACCUCAUAGCAUGAAUAGUUGUUUACUUCAUUUGGCAGCUUCCUCAGAGCAAGCCAGUGUUUAUUCUGUACUAUUACUACCAUUUUAUGUAUUUCUCUGCUGUAAGUGGAACUCCUCCUGGUUCUUAACUGUAUCUAUUUAAUAAAAUAGUAGUCUCCAUGAA